AAUAACCGUUUGCUACAUAAAAGGGUUAAAUGUGGAUGGCUCUACCUACGAAAGAGGAAGUUUUUACAGCAGCAAACGUGAAUGUAAAUAAUGAAUGACAAAAGUUGAGAAGUUUUAGAAUUCACUUUUGAUUGUGGAUUUAUGCUUAAAUCUAUUUGAGACUUUUACAGGGUGAUUUUCACACGCUUGCUGUUCCAGUGAAACGUUGCCUGGAGCUGAAACGAACAACAAAACAAAACCAACUUAGCAAACUAACACCAUGGCAGGAUCCGAGUCAAAAGCUGCCAAAGAUUUAACUGCAAUAAUGGAGACGACUAUGCAGCAACUUCAGAGCAGGUUUCAAAACCUAUCUGAACAGAUCAUCUCUAAAAUGGAUGAGAUGGGAACUCGUAUCGAUGACCUGGAGAAGACGUUUGCUGAUCUUAUGACACAAGCAGGGACAGCAAAUCUUCAGAAAUCAAAGCAAGUGUAUUAG